UAGUUGUGCACUAAACCAACAGGUGAUGGUAUACGAUCUGGUUAGUCAACACGGAGACUACAUCGCGGUGUGGUAUGUGACAGUGAACGGUUCUAUAACGUGCUCUCCUGCACCGCCUGUUACCUUUGUUACUUCUCAAUUUGGAAUUUGUGAUUCUGUGGUGCCCUGAAAGUGAUAGUGAAAUGACAUAGUAGCGAUUUCGAAAGGUCCCCAUCACCAUGACUAUAACUUACACUAAUUAUGUGCCCAACGGUAGCACUUUUGGAUGUUUUUGGAAAGUCCUGUUAUUAUGGCGAGGCAGUGUGUACAAAUUAGUAUGGAGAGAACUGUUAGCUUACUUAUUAUUAUAUUAUACAAUUAUGGUGACCUAUAGAUAUAUAUUAUAUCAAGAACAACAGAGGAUGUUCGAAAAAGUAAUUCGUUACUGUGGAUCCCAGACAGAAACGAUACCAAUGUCAUUCGUAUUAGGUUUUUAUGUAACAUUGGUAGUAGGGAGAUGGUGGGACCAGUAUAAAUUAUUACCCUGGCCCGACACCCUUUGCCUUUUUUUAAAUGCAGGGAUCCCAGGGUCGGAUGAAACUCAAAGACUGAUGAGACGAAAUAUUAUAAGAUAUGUUAUAUUAGCAUUUGUGAUAACCAUGCAAAGGAUAUCGCUCAGGGUAAAGAGAAGAUUUCCAACUUGGCAGCAUGUGGUAGAUUCAGGUCUUAUGUUAGAAAACGAGAAGAAAAUCUUCGAUCUCAUGGAUGCAAAAACUCCCAUGUCCAAGUAUUGGAUGCCUCUAGUUUGGGCGACGAACAUCAUAAACAGGGCAAGAAAAGAUUCACUUAUAACGAGUGAUCACAUUGUACAGACUCUUCUUCUGGAGCUGUCAGACAUAAGGAGGAAGUGUGGUGCAUUGAUAGGCUAUGAUUUGGUCAACGUUCCUUUGGUGUACACGCAAGUUGUUACUUUGGUGUUAUAUACAUAUUUUAUAGCUGCACUCAUUGGAAAGCAACAACCAAUCAUUUCGGAUAACUCGAACACAGAUGAAGAAUUUUUCUAUUUUCCCUUAUUUACAGCAUUGAGGUUCUGCUUCUACUUCGGCUGGCUCAAAGUGGCAGAGGUGUUGAUAAAUCCAUUUGGUGAAGACGAUGACGAUCUCGAAUUGAAUUGGCUUAUCGACAGACAUAUCAAGGCCAGCUACAUGAUUGUGGACGAGAUGCACGAGGAGCAUCCAGAGCUCCUGAAAGAUCAGUUCUGGGAAGAAGUUGUACCUAAGGAACUACCGUAUACUGUAGCUUCGGAGCAUUAUCAGAGGGAAGAACCAAAGGGCUCUGCUGACCACUACAAAAUAAAAGCACCAGAUGCUCUUUAUGCAAACUUGGAUAUUCCCAAGAAAUCUAUGGCAGAUGACACAUACGCCGAUUAUGAAAGUGUCGAUACUCCGAUACACCCGAGGAAGAAUUGGUUCCAGAGGCAGAUUUCACGUACUGGUAUGGGAUCAGUUAGGUCUGCUUCCUCCGCCUAUUCCUCCGGAGGUAUUUUUGCAAGACCCAGAGGAAACUCGGUGUAUGCUAAUCCAGAAAAUGGACAAUUGCCUGGUAUCCCCAUAGGCCAUAAGACAUCGAUUUAUGAUCGCCUUAUCGGCAGAAAAUCUGGAAAGAAUCAGAGACAUCGAACAGGUAGUAAAUCCGGAGCUUCCAUGGCGGUGAAAACAAGGCCUAGAAUACCAACACCAGAUGUGACGAAAGAAAUUAUUGAGAGGGAAACUCGUUUCAACGUUACCACCGCUCCUCCCGAUCUGAAUCAACUGAAUACGGGAAUGAUGAUGACGCAGGAAUUGCAGCAAGGAUAUCCAUAUCAAAGUGGUGAAGGUACCAUACAUGUAGUCCUUUCGGCAAUUCCGGAAAAUGACGGAACCGGAUCCGUGAACAACACACUUCAUGCCAACCAAGCAGGAACUGUAGCUCUUGCCCAGGCAAUCCUUUCCUCGUCUCUUGGACCGCUCAACGUCCCAUUGACUGCAACACAAUUAGCUACUUUCAGUUUAUCGAAUAAAAAUAGUCCCAUGUCUACCAGGCACAUCCGAGUGGAUAACAGUUCAUUAUUCAAUUCAGAAAAAUUAUUGAACGACAAUCCUUCGAGUCCACUCCAAGGACUGAUUCUCACAGAACUUCCUACAACUCCUAUAGAGAAAAAGAAGGAUAUGCUGAGAGACAAUGGUACCGUGAGCAGUACAGAGAGCAAUUCCUCCAAGUCCUCCAACAGUACAGAAGCAACUGCUUCUCUCCAGAAUUUUGAGGAAGGCAGAGAUCUACCAGAUGUCCACACUAUCACACCUAGUGCUUCAGCACCCACAUCAUUGACUGCUCUUGUGUCAGACGAUGUGAAGAGUCGAAAAACGUCAGUUGUUUCGUCAAAUUCUCCUAAGGGAGAGGUGUUUGUGUGAAAUGUGUGAAAGUUUAACGUCAGUUCCAUAGUGAUUUUCAUAGUCAAUAAUGUGCCUAUAUCUACCUAGUUCUGAAUAGACGGUUAAGUGAAGGUUGAACAUUGAAGGAAUUGAAUUUCUGAACGUAAUGAAGUUUUUUAUCAUGGUACACAAGGUCGGCAAAAGUGAUAAAGUCAAUCCUGUUGCUCAAUUUGGAAACACGCAAAGGGAAAUGACCGAAUAUCAUGGAAGUGUGAUUUGGAAAAUACUAUUGGAUCAAUAAAAUUAACUGUAAAUUCUCUGGGGUGGAGUUGCAGUCUAUAUAGCUGUCUGACUCAAAUUGAUUUGAAUCAACCUGAUGAAAUACGAAAUUGAUUUCAAUAUUAAAUAGGUUGAAAUAUAUCCCACACUCAAAUAACACUAGUUGAAUGAUUGAUCAAACUUCUAUAGAUUCGUGAGAAAGUCCAUAAACAUGAAUUAUUGAUUUCCAUGAAUAUUAGCGAUAUAUUGUACAUAAAUUAUUUUAUCACAAUAGACCAAAUGUUCCAUCUGAUCCUUUGUUUACUUUUAAUUGUUACUGUGAUCAUUGAGAUGGAAUAAAAAAAAAUAUAAGGUUUGUUUGAAUAUCUUUUAACUCUUGAAAUUGAAAUCAAUACAAAACGAGAUGAACUGAGAAAUAUCAAAGAUCCGGAAAAGUUCAUCCCAUUAAAUCAUGAUCAUGAAUCAUUUAUACCUAAGCGAUUUCGAUCUGUGAAAAUUAUUCCAGGAUUUGAAUAUGAAAUAAAUUUUUUUUUCGAUAAA